AUGGCCGAAGAUAUCACAUCGUGGAUAUCCAGUUCCAUAGUCCAACAUGACCGGGAGAACGGGGCCAAUCACAAAAUACCCAUGAGAGGGAGGUACGCUCAAGUGAUUAAGUUCUCAUCCUACCGAGACCGAUUCGAUCCCCAUGCGGAGAUUCGAGGUGUCAUUUCAGACAAGACUCAUUGGAUUAGGGUCAAAUUCGAUGUGGAAGCUACAGACGAGUUUGAAGAACCUGAAGCCUCACUUCCCUCCGAAUCAUUGACAUCCAACCUCCGAGCCAUCUUCCUAAUCGAAUCAUUCCGUAUUCACCUCUUGCCUCCUCUCAACACUUCCCGUCGCAAGUCUCAUAACCUCAAUACACCCACAGUGUCAGUCUCAGGGGACUUACCCGAGGUCAUGCUGGAAAUACUCAAAUGGAAAGUUGUCACUGGGGAUAAGGACGAUCCACAGUAUUACGCUGGUACGCCUGAGGUAUCAAAGGGGAACCAGGAUGUGGACGUGAAAGUUCAGAGGGUUCUGAGGAAAUGGUGGUUUGGCGAAACCAACUCAAGUCAAUCCCAUGCCCCAUCAACUAGCCAACAUCCACUUCAUACUGAAACACCAUCGCGGUACAAUCCUAUCCAGCCAGGUUCAGUCAAACCCCACAUCUCAUCCCCUUUGGUAGGAUACCAUUCUUCUCCAGCUAUAAUAUCCACCUCAGACUCCUCAUCGUCAAAUAGUGCGCAAGAUUAUCACCCUGUAAGCGAAUCGCAACAGCAAAAGCUGUCAAAAAGAGGGGAUAUCAUGCUACUGAAUUUCCUUCAGCCAUAUCUCAAUGGUCCAGGGGGAAAGAAAAAAGUCAUUCCGGAGUGGUUGUUUGACAAAUCGGAUGAGACUAAGGGGAUGUUAGAUGAUAUAAGGAUGUUUGGCUUGGACCUCGAUAUAGGCAAUGAAAAGGAUACAACUCAUGCAGAUAACAAUCUGAACCUGGCGGGAGAUAAUGGGCAAGAGGGUGUUGUGACUCAAUCGGAAAAUGCCAAAGUUAAAGGGAAAGGCGAAGCAAGAGAAGAUUUCUCAUUGGUGCAAUCACCAACAAUAAUGAAAGAUCCAUAUGGACCGCAAAACGGAGAUCGAGAGACAAAAGGCAAACAAGAGAUGGUCAUGCCAAUUCAGCAAGGUCGAUCAACACCGAUCAUUCGAACGAUCAGAGUUCAAGCCGACCGUAAAGAUAUUGGUAAUGAAAUGGAUGGAGAUCAUAUGGAUUCUACCAUAUUUCGAGAUUCACCUUCACCGAGAAAGUCUCGACAAAACCCAUUGCCUCUUGUCCCCAAACGACCUAAUUCGCCUACCCACGAAACAGAAGAAGAGAGUGAUGAAGAUAUACUUUUCAAACCCCGAGAAGAAUCACGGAGCAGGAAGAGAGAAAGAGAGAUGUUCGAUCCGCUGGCUAUGCCUUCUUCGUCGCCUGCUCAAGAGGAUGUACAGAUGGAUGAUCAGGAUGACGAUGAAGGCCAGGAAGUUGAUCAGUUGGGAGAGGAGGGGAGUGGAUCUCGAGGUGAUGAAGGCGAGGAAGAUGAAGAUGGUCUUUCGGACUAUGAGCGGGAAACGAAACGUAAAGCUAGACUGGAUAGGAAUAGAUUGAAAACUGAAGAUCGUACAACGAUAUCAGAUGAGAAACAGCGGAGAUCCGGAGAUUCUUCUAAAUAUCAGAAACACCAUAAUUUGGCCCAAUCUCAUCAAGCUGAAGCGAUGACCCAAAAAGUGGACAGCUAUUCGUCCAACCCUGAUACACCUAACAAAGGCCGACAGUCAUCGAUAGGUGUUCAGACCAUCAAUGAAGAUCAGAUCGAUAUCGCUGAAAGCAGUAAUGAUAUUCAACAGAAAGCGAUUUCACCACUCAACUCGCAGAAAUCUCAGAACGGUGGGGCUAGUCAAUCUGCCAAUUCAGAUACAUCGCAGACAAAUUCAGCUCCAGACUCAUCAGCCAAUGCUCAGGCUCAGCCCGAUUCGAAGGACUCCCAUAUAUGUCAGAGCCAGAAAAGGAAAAUCUCCGAGAUAUUGGUUGACGACAGUGAUCAGAGCUUGUCACAGCACAAAGAGCAGAAUGCUGAGGUAUCUAAUACGAGCGGUUCCAAUAACACUCAAGAUAACUCAUCCCAAGCGCGAGUGGCAUCGCAAGGUGCUAUUCACAUGCCAACAGAGACUCAACAUGUAGACCACGUUGAUAAUCCUGAUUUGAAUCAGGCUAAACCGGUCACUUCUUUUCAAAAUCUAACGAACGAUCAUGAAUCCCCGCUUUCAGCGAAGGAACCUCAUCCGAAUGAGAAACAACAAUCAUCACCUGUUCUUCACAGCAACACCAGUCCUCGGCAAAAUCCCAUAUCCUCUAUUUCUACUCGGUCGGCUCACAUAUCACCCUCGCAUCGUAUCUUGUCAGAUAUACCAGAAUCAUACAUCAAGAAACCCAAAAUCGAGCAUCUAACGCCUGUUCAAAGUCAGACUACGCCAAUCUCCCGAACGCAAUCAACGGGAAAGGGAUCAAGGAAGAGUUUUCUGGAAAGUAUCAGAUUCUUUCCUUCUUCUUCUUCAUCGCGAGUGCGAAAAACAGAAAAGGACGAAGAUGACGAAAGUCCGUUGAAGAAGAGGAUGAAGGCUGAUAGUGACUUUAACGAGGGGAUAUUGGGUAGGUUGGGAAGAUGGGCUAAGAGGGGAAGCUCUUUGAAUCGGGCAAAUGAUGAUGUACUUGAGGAUUCAAAGGUGAAGCCAAAGAAUGAUCAGAUUGACCAAGAGGCACGCAGUGUUGGUGAUGAUGAUGAAGAUGUUGGAGAUGAAGAUGGAGAUGGAUUGGACGAUGGAUUGGAAAAAAGGCAGGAUUUACAGCUGAAUGAUGAAGUUGAGGUAAUAGUUAUUGACGAUGAGGAGGAGGUAGAGGUCAUCGAGGAAGGAGCGAAGGACCCUUUGAAGAUCAAAGAGGAAGAAAAUGAUAUGAUCAUCAAUGGAGAUUCCAGGGGAAGUCAUGCUCAGAUAGGUAUUCAGUAUGUCGAUGAAAAGUCAAGGGUCCAUAAUGGGAAUCGAGAAAAUAUACAAAGACAACCCGAAGAUAUACAAUCGAGAUCAAUUCGUCAAGACAAAUAUGAAGAUGAAGAUGAAGAUGAUGACGACGAAGGAGUAAAACCGGCACAACAUGCUAUGAAUGAUAUCGACCCAUCGAAUCGAGUGGUACAAACUCGUCCCCAAGAGAAAACUCGAGAAGAUCAAGUAGAACGGAAACGUGAUCCCACACCUAUCAGAGCGGAAAGGCAGAAUAUAUUGGAUGGAAAUUUCGAAUUGAACGUCGUCGUUAACGAUGGACUGAGAGAUUGGGAAGUAAGGAAGAUGAUGAAUAACAUCGUGAAUGCAAGGAAUAGGAAAUCAAGCAAAGGGAAAUGA